AGGUGGGUCAACAUAGAAAGGAGAGGAACAGAGGAAAGAAAAUGCUGGUCACAGAAAAGAGCUUUAUCUUUAACAGCGUGACAUCGUAUCCAUUUCUGAAGACAAAUGGCAGAGAAGUUGGAAUCACAUUGGCUAGCAAGAGAGAUCUGCCUAAGAAAUCAACAACGACUCAGCAAGAAAACAUUUUCCCAUUGAGAGUGUCCAACCCAGUUCUUGCUCGCUCUGUUGUGGCAGUGCUCGGUCUGGGAUUCAUCGAUGCUGGGUACAGUGGAGACUGGUCAAGGAUUGGAGUGAUAUCAAGGGAGACUGAGGAUUUGCUAAAGCUUGCUGCUUUUGUUAUUGUUCCUUUUUGUAUCUUUCUCAUAUUGUCUUUCUCCAAGGAACCAGAGCCUUGAUUCUGUUCUUUUACAAAAUUUUCUUAGAUUUGGUGUAGUUUUGAAGGUGAAAUGCAAGUGAUGUUUGGAUUUUUUAGAUCAUCUGUUCUAUCUGUUUUUUCAUGAAGAAACCUCAAUGAAGGAUAGCUUUUGGGUUUUGCA